UCAUGCAUAGCCACCAUUUGGAUUACCAAUUAGGAAGUUGAGUGCGACAGCCACAACCAUUCUCAGACCGCUACCAUCCUUCUCCCUUAUUUGCAUGGAUUUUCUCUUUUAAGUAUCAAGUGAUACCGGAACUCAACCAAUGACUUUGAUAGCCCUUUCACUGUGAGUGAGAGAAUAGAUGGGAAACACGCAAUCUGGCUCGACUUUGACACGCACUACUGGCGCCUUGGAUUCAUUCGUUGCAGAGCUUGGAGGAGAAAUUUUAUAUGAGAAAAGUCUGGGCUCUGCGCGAUUCCUAAAGACCGUGAAAUGUCGGCACAGUAAUGGAUUUUUGGUGGUCAAGAUAUUCAUCAAGCCAGAUCCUGGGUUGACUUUGCGCAACUAUCAUCGGCGUUUAAAGAUCGACCGCGAGGCAUUGACGGAUAUCGCCAAUGUAUACAAUUAUCAAUCGUUUGUUGAAACGGACAAAGCAGGCUAUAUCAUUCGGCAGUGGAUUGCCAGUAACCUUUAUGAUCGUAUUAGUACCCGCCCUUUUCUGAGUCUGAUUGAGAAGAAAUGGAUAGCUUUUCAAUUACUCAUGGCCCUUCGCGAUGCUCGCAAUCGCAAGGUCUCUCAUGGUGAUAUCAAAUCUGAGAAUAUCCUAGUCACGUCGUGGAACUGGAUCUAUCUUUCGGAUUUUGCAUCCUACAAGCCGACAUAUCUUCCUCUCGACGAUCCGUCGGACUUUUCUUUCUUCUUCGAUACAUCUGGGCGACGUACAUGCUACAUAGCUCCAGAAAGGUUCUACACAGCGGCGACGAACCCAGAAAUUAGCGCAAAGAAGUCCAAGAUCGCAAUGGAGGACAAUGAAGGCAAAAGGGAUGGGAAGCUCACAGAAGCCAUGGACUGUUUUAGUGCCGGAUGCGUGAUUGCCGAGCUCUUUCUCGAGGGUGCACCGGUGUUCACCCUCAGUCAACUAUUCAAGUACCGAGAAGGCGAAUUCAGCAUUGACAGCUACUUGGCCAAUAUUGAAGAUGAUGGCAUUCGAAACUUGAUCAAACAGAUGAUAAAUCUGGAUCCCUCCGCACGUCCUACAUUCGAUACGUUGCUACAUACCUCUCGCGGAUCGGUCUUUCCAGAAUCAUUCUUCAGUUUCCUACACAAUUAUGUAUCUUCUGUUAAUGAGCUCCCCAGCACAUCUCCUUUUACCCCUGGUCUCUAUGCAGGACUAUCCUCGUCUGCGCUAACCUCGGCUCCCCCUUUACUCUCUGCUCGAGCACCCUCUUCGACACUCGAAGGUCCAUCUACUGAUCCUUCCAAUGAACCUCUUCCCAGUGAUUCAGACCAUCGCAUGCAGCGGAUGUGGAGUGAUUACGAAAGUGUACAACCAUACUUGGUUCCUGAUAAUACGGAGGAUACUGUCAUGGAUGUCAAGAUAGAUUACAACUCACCAAUAAGCACGUCAAGACCAUUUCAGGAUAUCCUCCCUGUUGAGCUACAUAUUCCCAACCGUGAGUCCAAAUUGCGAAUAGCUGUAGAAGCGGGUCCACGCGCUCCAGCUGAAGAUGGGCCUGCGUUGAUCAUCCUUGCCCUCGUAACAUCCAAUAUACGGAAUUGCAUACUUCCAAGCUCCAAAAUCAAGGCUCUCGAUGUUUUCCUGGCGUUGUCGCCACAUUUAACAGACGAGGCCAAGCUGGAUCGCAUGAUUCCUUAUAUCGUGGAUCUUUUUCACGACGAAGCUGCAAUUGUCCGCAUGACUGCCUUGCGUACGGCUAUUCAAGUCCUGAUGGUCGUUACCGUCAUCACUCCCUCCAACGCUGCCAUCUUCCCGGAAUAUAUUAUCCCCAACGUCAAAUACCUGGUUCAUGACCCUGAGGUGUCAGUUAGAUGCCUAUACGCGCAGUGUAUUGCUCAGCUAGCCAACACAGCGAUGCGAUAUCUAGAAAUGGGACAUGCUCUGAAGGCACAUGGUACGUUCAAGCUGUCCAGUGAGGCGCAGGAGUAUGAGAACGCACAUUUUGAGGUAUCAUACGAUGCAAGUGUCCAAGAAUUGCAGCUUGGGAUUCAGGAACAUCUAUCUACACUCUUAAUGGACUCCUCAAGUAUCGUAAAGCGCGCCAUACUACACGAUAUCUCCUUUUUGUGUAUCUUCCUUGGGCGGCAAAGGACGAACGAUGUGUUGCUGAGCCACAUGAUUACUUAUCUAAAUGAUCGUGAUUGGCUUCUACGAUAUGCCUUCUUCGAGAGUAUCGUGGAUGUUGCCGCUUGUGCGGGAGGUCGAAGCUUGGACGAAUAUAUUCUUCCUCUGAUGGUUCAGGCUCUUUCAGAUGUGGAGGAAACGGUAGUGAUGAAAGUUCUUGCCGCCCUUACAAGUCUGUGCACACUGGGGCUAUUCCAAAAGAUGCGUGUUUGGGAAUUGAUAAGCGCAACACUUGGUUUCCUCUACCACCCUAAUGUGUGGAUCCGACAAGGGACUGCUGCUUUUAUUGCUUCGGCGGCAAAGGAGCUUCCGUCAAGUGAUGUCUGGUGUAUUGUGUACCCUUCCCUUCGGCACUUCCUCAAGUCCGAUAUAGCCACAAUCGACGAGCAAAGCCUCUUAGCCGCCAUGAAACCUCCGAUACCUCGACAAAUAUUCGAUGCCGCUGUGCAGUGGGCCAUGCGCGCGGAGAAGAGCAGUUUUUGGCGAGGCGCCCGGCGCAGCAAGGUUGAAACACCAAGAGAAAGUGUGAUGUCUCUUCGGAAGGCGUCGUCUACAAUCCCUAAAACGAAAUCAGAUGAUGACGAAGCCCAAUUGUCGAAGCUGUAUCAGCUCGGCAUGACGUCAAGCGACGAGACUAAACUCCUUGCUAUGCGCGACUACAUAACAAAGUUGGCGAAUGCCAUCUCAAGCUUCGCAUCCCGCCUGAGUUCUGAGUCUGAAACCGACAAGAAUCUCAAAACUAUUGCCGACCUGGAGCUUCGGAAAUUGGACGUCCAGCCUCAGACGGUUUUCCUCAAGUCGCGUGGUACUGAUCCAUCACUUGGAUCAGUGCGAUCUAUCUCAUCCAAGAAGUCGACACCUAUGAUGAGUCCAAUGUCAAAUCUGCAUCGGGUAUCUAGCGGUGAUUUCAACGGAAGCCAGGGCGCACCGUUCGAAGAUCUUCGUCGCAGGCUUGCGACAAUUAAUGGUUCUGCAUCUUCUCUAAGCGUUACUCAAUCGCCUCGAGAGCCUCGCAGUACUUUAUCACCUGUGAUGAUACCUUCCAGCUCACCCGCUUCUGUUUCGGGGCGUCUAUCUCCUACAAUUGCAGAACGACCUGUCAGUCCCUCUGAGUCUGUAUUGUCUGCCGCAAAUUCCACGACCAUCCGACCAUCAAGUCGCCUACAUAUUGGUAGCAUGGACGGUCAGAAGGCAGCCCCAGCGGUCGGGUCCUUUAAGACGAACGUAGCUGGUGUACUCGACACCCAUGCGAAAAUGAGAUUCGAAGGUUCUCCUGAACCAUCAGGCAGAUCCACGCCUCUGUCCAUGACUGCGACUAUACGCAACCCUAGUCGGUCGAACGCGCUCUCCGCUUUGCCUAUCUCUUCCUACGAUGGCCAAGAACCUGGUAUCAACCAACUCCUGGAGAAUCUCUAUCUGGAUAACAAUCGAGAAGUGGAGAACGACUUUGGGCCCCGUGUGCAUGAAGGUCCAGUCCGACGACGGACACCCAUUAGACAGAGCUUCACGUCUCGGGAUGGGACGCGGAGGAUGGAAUCAACCUUGAUUUCCCAUCUAACAUCACACUCCGAAGCCAUCACUGGUUUAGCGGUGUCUCCUGAUCAUCUUUUCUUCGUAUCUUCUUCGGACGAUAAGACAGUCAAGGUGUGGGAUACCGCGAGACUGGAACGCAAUGUUACAAGCAAAUCCCGACAUACGUACGGUCAGCACCACGCCAGAGUGAAAUGUGUUUGUAUUCUAGAAGGGGUUCAUUGCUUUGCCAGUGCAGCUGAUGAUGGAAGCUUGCAUGUCGUUCGUGUUCAUAUUACUCAGAGUGGAGCGUUGCCGAAGUACAGUAAGCUUCAGGUGAUCCGCGAACACAGACUCGGCAAUGUGGGCGAAUAUAUUACUUCUAUGGCUCACUAUAACACAGACUUAGCUUCCAAUCUUAUUUACGCGACGACACAUUCUGUCAUCACGAUUUUGGACUUGCGGACGAUGUGCGAACUACAGACGAUGCAAAAUCCUCGUCAUUAUGGGCCUAUAACAUGCAUGUGCAUUGAUCGGAAGCGUACCUGGAUAAUCGUAGGCACUUCGACCGGUGUCUUGACGUUAUGGGAUAGACGCUUCGGGUUGCUUUUGAAGAGUUGGCAUGUUGGCGUGGCAUCUACAGGCAGAUCAAUCCGGAUCCACCAAUGUGUCGUUCAUCCGUCAAAGGGAAAGGGAAAAUAUGUCAUGGUGGCAGUCGAGGCGUCCAAGUGGGGUACAGACCAAACUUCUACCAACUUGAUAGAAGUAUGGGAUAUUGAACGGUCCGUUCUGAUAGAAACGUUUGUAACGUGCACAUCUUCGUCGACAUCAGAACCGCUCGCUGAUCCUCACGAGCUGACUGGGGUAGACGCUGAUACGACCUCUUCGGCGGCCAUUGCGGCACUAGUCAGGAAUGGAAAUGACGACAGACAUACCUCCGUCCAACUAUUGGCCUCUCCUGCUCCCGAUGUUCGUGCUAUGGCUGUAGGAUUUGAGUUUGGUGGUACGCAUCGAGCAGAGAUGUAUGACAUCACGGCUGAUGCCCAUUCUACACGGUCUUCCCGUGGUUUUGUGAUUUCUGGGUCAGAAGAUCGCAAGAUACGAUUAUGGGAUUUGGGACGUCCGGAGAGAUCCACCAUUCUCAGCGGUUUGGAAUCAGAACAUGAUAGACCUUCGUACAGUACAAUGAGCAUUGGAACAGCAUCUACUUAUAUCGAGACGUGGCCACCGUCUGCUGCGUCGAGUGGGCAGGGCACCCGUGCACCCCAGCGGAUGGCCUUGAUCACUCAUAAUCAGCAGAAUCUUCUCAAGUCACAUCAAGAUGUUGUCACCGCGUUAGCGUGUAUCGAUUCACCGUUCCGUGGUGGCAUUGUGAGUGGAGACCGUGCAGGCAUCAUCAAGGUCUGGAGGGUCGAAUCUGGGGAAUCAUAGCAGUUUAUACGUUAUGAUGAAGUAGAUUUUUGGUACCUUCGGUGAAUGCAUUUUGUUGUAUAUAUUAUUUUUCUAUUCAUUACAUUGUGAAAUUUGAAAGUUCCUCCGACCUUUG